GAAUUACAUUUACAAAAUCCCCAUUGGACCAUUGGGUUCAUUCCGCUGGUUAAAAUACAUUGUGGUGGUUGCUCAUGUUCUGCAACUUGUUAUAGUUGAACUCGUUUUUAUUCUAUGUAUUUGGCUUCAGAAGAAUAUUUAACGAUGUUCCAUAAUAGUAGGAGUAUUGGGUUAUUAUGACGAUAUGAACUCGGAGUAAGUAAAAACAAUUUCUACUACAGUGCCUACGUACUUCCUACAAUGAUUAAUCUUUUAGGGCAAGGCUCUUCAAUAUUUUAUGUAAAUUAGUAUGUAUUGGUGUAAAGUGACGUAUAGUGCAUUCAGUGUUGUCAUCACGUGCAAGAACGUAGACGGGGAUUGCUUGUGAAGGUUUGAAUCGUCGUUACUUGAAUACUGAAUUGGCUGCUAUCAUAGUGUUCGUAAUAUAUUCGUAAGCGUCUGAUGGCAUUUUGUGCCAGUGUCUGUUAAGUGUAGUGUCGCCAUGGGACCGAAGCCUCCACCACCGCCAGGGCCUCCUCCGCCGCCGGGCCCGCCACCGCCUCCUGUGUUCGGAGGUGGCUCGAAGGGUGGUGGUGCUGAUGACAGAAAUGCCUUGUUGAGUUCGAUACGACAGGGAACAAAGUUGAAAAAGACUCAAACAGUGGACAAAAGUGGCCCUUAUAUACCAGGGAAAGUGUCAAAUGUGUCUAGUGGAGGAUCUCCAAGUGGGGGCAGUGCUCGGAGUGCUGCUCCCCUGCAGAACGGUGGCGGCGGCGCCCCGCCUGGCCUGGGCGGGCUGUUCGCUGGAGGGAUGCCCAAACUGAGACCUACUGGAAAACUGGCAGGUUCCACACCAAAUGGCCAAGUCAAAACCGACGCACCGCGGUUCCCGCCACCCCAACCGCACCAACCUCCACAAAGGUCUUCCCCAGACAAAGUACGACCGCCAUCAUCGACGAGCAACGUCGGGGCACUCUCAGCGGCAUUAUCAGAAGCUUUAGCAGGACGGGAUAGGGAACCUAGAGAAGUUCACAGAGAGGUCCCAAGAGAGCCCCCUGCGAGACCCGCUGUUCGGAGACAGCCGAGCGACAUAAGGACACGAGGACCCCCGCCUCAACCGCCUAUACAAAAACCGGCAAUGCCAUUGAGUUCAUCAGACUCCGUGCUAACAACGAACUCGGUGCUGGACCGCAUCAGCAGUCUUCAACAGCAGAACUCUGAACAAGUGAUCACUUCUCAUGUCGCCUCCACGCUGCAUAGAAACAAGAGCUCGCUGCAUGCGACCGGACAGGGAGCGCUGGGUGGUAGCAUGACCUCUCUGUCAUCGUCAUCAUCGCCUACUCCCGCGCCAGCAUCCUCGCUCUCGACGUCAGACCUCUGCGACAGACCUCGAGUCAGCCACGGGAAGCCCAACCUAGCCCCCAAGCCCCCACAGUUAGCCCCGGCUCCUAACAUCGACACUAGGCCUUCGCCCCCGCCUAAGAAACUAAUCACUAACGGCAAAGUUGCUGGACGAACUCAGAGUAUGAGGGUACCUAGAUCACCACCGGCAUCGCCGUCGUCUCCACAGACGGCAGGUGGCCGGCCGUUCAACCUGCCACCAGCUCCGAUAAAUCCACCCAUUGGUACCAAGAACCCGGCGUCACAUUUCGGUACACUGCGAGCGCCCCGCGGUCUCCGCCCGCCGGGCGUGUGUCCCCCGCCGCCGCCCGGGGCGCCGCCCCCGCCGCCGGGCGCUCCGCCCCCGCCGCCGCCCGCUCGACACGCGCAGCAGCCGCCGCCGCCUCCGCCGCCACACCACCGACAGACUAGUAUGAACGGUGACGAGGGUGUAGCCCCGCUGCCACCAGUGCGUGGCUCGUCGAUGCGGUCUCUGGACCUGGAGGCUCGCUUCGCAGACCUGUUCCAGCAUCCAUCGCGCUUCCCGGAGCCCGACCCCUUCAUGCGCAUCGCCAAAGGCUACAGCAGCGCCACCGUCGCCGUGAGCAAGGCGCAGGCCCCGCCGCCGCCGCUGUCCGUGCCGCUGGAGGGCUGGACGCGCACCUCCAGCGCCUGCUAGCGACCACGGGGGGCCCCCGCCCCCCCGCACUCUGCCGCCUCCACGCCCGCACCGCACGACCCCAGCAAGCACACCACUACCGCGGCCCAGCCCGCACCCGCGGCGCCAGCUGUACCGGUGGCCCAGCCCACCCCAGUGUCACAGCCCGCCC